AUGGGGUGCUGCAGCAGUCGCGGCGCUGCUCAACAUGAUGAGAUUGUGUGCACUGGCCAAAUGCGUCAAAAGGAGAGCAUGGUGAUCUCUCACACAGGCAAGACGACAGAAUUCAAGAGGAGUGUAACAUUUCAGGAAGCCGAAACUAUUCAGCUUGAGAUUCCCCGAAUGGUGGGUUCAAUGAGAUCUACGAGAUCUUUGGCGCAAGAUUCCAGUGACGAAGGACUGCAAAUGAAGGUUUUCUUGCAAGCACUGCAGCACGCCCCGCACGUCCUUGAACAGCGAGUGGCGAACAAGCGAAGGAGGGACUUCGGUUCCGCAUGA